CGCAUCUUUUUUCGAUCAUACUUAGGCCGCGCUUCAAGUAAUGCAAAAGUCCGACCUUUUUAGCUUAUCGUACACGUCUACACUUCUUUGGGAUCAUCAUCCCUCAUUUUUUGGCUUGGAUUCGUGUCUCUCAUCAGCAACUGCUAUGACUGGUGAAAGCGUGGUUAAGCAAAUAUACCAAUAGAAAGUCAGUUGUUGGAGUUACAGAGGGGAUGAAAUAAAACGAAAAGGAAAAGAACGAAAAGUUUUACUAGCAGAAAAAGAUCUUUUUGCAAAAACUAUACGAUAGUAGAGGAACAAAGAACUCCGCGGGGGCCGUUUCCUAGCAAGAAAAAGAUGCCAGAACUUGCAGAGGUCGAGUACGCACGGCGUCUGCUCGUGAACGCAGUAAAGGGAAAGCAAAUCACGAAGAUUGUGAUGGACAAAACGUCCGACACGACAAUUUUCAAGGGGAACGCGAAGGGGCACUUGAGCGUGCAGAAUGCGUUGGAGUACUCCACCGUAGUCGACGUCCGCCGUCUUGGAAAGAACUUGGUCCUGUUUUCGACGAAGGAGCAGCAAGGCGGCGCGGCAGGUGGGGGCAAGAACGAAAAGGUGACGCAGCUGACCGCAGUGCAUUUUCACUUCGGCAUGAAGGGCUUGUUCAACAUUUCUGCGACGGGGGCCGCCCUCGAGGAUAGGAAGAACGACGACCUGAAGCCCAUCUACUACAUGAGCGGUAAGCGCAAGGCCUGGCUGCCCGACAAGGAACUGCUUGCCCAUCCAGAAGAGAACGAAAGCGGUGAGGGCGGUGCUUCGUCUUCCGCAGCGGGGGCUGCAACCGCCGGCCAGAACAAGACCAAGACGACCGCGGCUAGGAUGAAGCAGGACCAAAAGCAGGAAAAAAGCGACAGCAGCACCACGGUCUUCGAUAAGAAAGUUGUCGCUAUUGCUCCGGACUUCGGGUCGCAGUUCGAGUUUGAGGGUCAGCACUCCGCAGAAGGUGCAGAGGAUUUCGUUCCGCUGAAGGAAAACCCAUAUUUGAAAAGGCCAGGUGCGAAGAAGAAGCAGGCUGGAGCCAGCAUCCCCGCCACCGGUAAAAAUAUUAAAGCCGGAACUUCUUCUAAGAACAAAAAGGCUACUAAGGCCUCUACUGAGAUGGAAGGGGAAGGCGAACAAGGCGCUGAAGAAGAAGAUGAAGAGAGCUGGCCUCCGAAGCAUUGGAAGAUGCUGUUUGACACCGAAGAUCCGAACUUGAAAUUGGCCUUUGUCGACAGCCGAAAGUUUGCGAAGAUCAAGGUGCUCCGGGAAAUGGUGUUGCCGAGCAAAGGAGGCGGGGCCGCGGACGUGGCCAGCCAGAUCGACGCACUGUGGGGAACUUUUUUCGAAGCGUUGAAGCCAGACCCGCUCGUGGCGAUGCCCGAUAGGGAGCAAUUUCUGCAACUGUGCCGCGACCGCAAAUUGCUCCAAACGAAGAAGUUGAAAACCGUCCUGUUGGAUCAAUCCGGGAUCGUUUGCGGUAUUGGAAACUGGCUAGCGGACGACAUUUUGUAUGACUGCGACCUGUAUCAAAAGCAAUUAUGUGCUUGUCAUUCUGCGGGUCUCGUACAAAUGAAAUACAAUGCAACGCUCCGGUUUGUCGUUCGUUGGUUUUUCAAGCGGUUUUGCUAUGCCCAGCACGCGCCACGCGGUGAUGGUGAGCCGGAAUGCAUGAUACACUAGCGCCACAAAAUUUUGCAAUGCUUUUCUUUAUAUGUGGAGGUGCAUUAUCCUGCAUAGGCUGGACUAAUGAUUUUAAAGCCUCUUACAGGUUGUUCACGUUUUUAGUUUUUUAUCACAGCGUGUUUGGGUAUGGAGGGGGGCAGUUGUUAGGAUAAAUUUUUGGACUCAUGCAAAGUAUUUUGUGACAGUGACACAAAGGUGGAACAACUUUGCAAUUGCAUCCUGUUCCAAAGACGAGAGCGAGAAGCAGAAUAAGUACAUAUUUGCAGCUGAUAACCUGCACCCGCAGCGCACGGUUGGUUCCCUGACGGAGAAGGAAAUUGAGAAGCUGCGGGUUUUAUGCACUGCAAAAGUAUCGUAUUCGUAUAAAUGCAUUACAAAUUUCCUCAGCAUGAGAAAUAAAAUUUGUAAUGCUAAUCUGCCUUGAGAACAAGGUUUGUAAUGCAAGACUUGCAUUAGCAUUUAUACGAGUACGAUACUUUUGCACAGGAUAGGUUUCCAUCGAAAAAAUCAUCGACGUCAGCUGUAACCACGCCAACGCCGAUAUGGACGCGUCAGGUUUGAAAUCGACAAAGUUGAAAUGAUUUGUCAUGCAUAAAAUGCAAGGCAUGAAGUGCCUGUCUUGCCGGGAUGGCAAGUGAGGCCGACUGUCAGCCUGUUUGGGGUUUGAAAUAGAGCUGCUAAAGUACCAUGACAAAAGCAGUCGUCUGUGCCCAAACAGCAUGACAAAUUGGAUUCCGGUGCUCGGAAGAUUUGUCAUGCACCGCUUAGAAAUUGGGCUUCCAACUGGUAUCGAUUUUAUGCAUUACAAGUUAUUUCAACUUUGACGAUUUCAAACCUGACACAUCCAUAGCCGACAGUACGCUGUUUCCGCGGCAUUGGCUCUUUCACGUGCGCUGGAACGCGCGACCGGACAAGAUCUGCGCGAAGCGCCCGCAUCUGCAGUUGCUGGAAUUGGACGGGCGCAGCACCAUCAUCGACCCCAUCAAACAGAUUGCGCCAGACAACUGCGCCAAUCUGGUGCGCAGCGCGGGGGAGAGCAAGAAAGAUGUGCGAGAGAAGCGCAGCCAACAGGUCGUGGUCGAGAAGAAGGCCGCUGCAAUGAAGAAAACUCAGAUUUCUCUUGCGGCGAAGGGCAAAAAGGCUCUUGCAGUUGCGGCAAGUACAAAAAAGGGAAAUAUUAAAGCAGUCGCGUCUUCGAUGAAAGUUGUGAAAAAGCCAAUGAAGCAAGCUGGCAGUGUGAUGAAGCAGACGGCAGCUGCAGUUGCAGCAAAAAAAGCGAAAGCGAUGGCGAAGCUACCCGCAGCGCCCAAGAGCAAGUCCAGGCCGAGUCUCAUGGCGAUGAAAGGGAGAGCAACACCGAAGCAGCCGCAGCAACAAGCCGCCAAGAAAGUAGGCGCCAAGAAGCAGGCCCCCGCGAAGAAGGCGAAAAAAUAAAAGAAGAGGACGGAAGCUGGUUUUUUUUUCAGAUCUUUUUGUACUGUUCUUCUUGCCUCUGUAGUGACAAUCAUGGGUUUCUACUUGUUUUUGAAAUAAGUAUCUAAUAGUAAUAAAAUGAAAUAAUCUUCUAGAGUCAACUAAAAAUGCGUAUCGCUAUCUUCGAAUGUCUUCGUCUUCGGAAGAAAGGGGUACUUAACAUGGUGUGCAGACAACAACACGAAGACUUUCAUUGAUAUCGUCACAGACAUAAGACGAAUUAUUAAAUUCAAAUUCGGAAGGACAGAAAUCAAAAGCUGCAAAGGAGAGCAGGUUUAUUCACCGUGUAAAGUAGUUUCUGUUGUUAGAGUACAACAUGAUCUAUUAGUGUUUUUCCAAGCGAGAGAUGAACAAAGGUCUUGACUUUCAUUUUCUUUACUUACAGCGGUUGUCUUUGGUGUCACCAAUCAUAACUACGAUCAAGAAACUGUGUGCUCUUUGCUCAAGAAGCUUCAUCAGUAUUGAUGAGAACGUAUUCUUCUUGUGAAGUGCUGGCGG